AUUAAUUCGAAACAAUCAUAGUUACGCUCAUUAUAUUUCUGAUUUUGUGGAAGCCGUUCCAAGUUUUUUUUCUAUCAAAAAUGAAAAUACUUGUAAUAUUUUUGAUACUUUUAAUUUCUCAAAUUGUUGUAUCAGAUAUUGUAAAAACAGAUCAUUGCUCUUUAACUGACGCAAAAUGCUUAACAAAAGCGCUACAAAAAUUCUUAGAGGAAUCAAGCCAAGGAACCCCUGACCUGACUAUGAAGCCAACGGACCCUUUCACAAUCCAAAAACUUCAAUUCACUCUAGAUAAAUAUCAAACGGAGUUAUCUUACGAGGAUUUAAUAGUGACUGGAUUUAAGUACCAGAAAAUUUCCAAGUUCAACUUAGAUGUCAAUACUCAUGAUAUAGAAUUAAAUACGACAGUCGACUUUACUACCACAGGCACUGCGAAAAUUAACUUCAUCAAAUCUGGAACAACUUACAUCGAUACCUUGAAAAUUCAAGCAAAUGCAGUCGCCCGAGCUACUUACAAUUAUACACCAAUUAUAAAUAGUAAGAAUGAAAUUCAAGGCUAUACAAUUGGACCUGAAACAAUUUAUUGCCAACUUAUCAAUAAACCUAAACUCAAAUAUACUCCAGUUAUAGAACAAACAUCUCUGAACAAAGAAAAAGAAGAAGUCUAUACCACUAUUGAAGACGAUAUCGGCUGCAACAUUGUUAAAACUGUGUUUAGCACUGUCAUAGGAAAUAUCCGAGCGACAGCACUACAAUACGAAGAGUAUAAUAAGGAGAACAAUAAUACAUAUUAAGAAAUAAUAAAAAAAUAUGCUUUAAUUCAUUAAUGCUAUAGUACUCUUAUGUUUAAAUAAUAAUAAAAGAAACUGACCGAGAUCUGCA